GCGCUCAUUCGUGAACACACUCACCGCAGCCGGAUUCGCCUUUUCGGGUCGCUUUCCUGAGCACCCAUCAGGACAGAUACGACCGCCUCAAGACAUCCCUUGGAUUAUGCGAGACUUCGCGGCGUACUGGGCUCGAUUCGAUCCCACCUUCUCUUUGCUUGGCUUGCAAGACCAGACAGAAUUCUCCGCACACACGAGCGGUGGCGAUGCAGAUCAAUUUGCUGUACUUGCAAGGAAGGCAUGCCACGAACGGAAAUUCUUCUUCACUGAGCAGACUUCAAUGGGGUUAUGUCCAAGGAAUACAAAACCCGGCGACAGGGUCGUGGUGUUGUACGGUGGCAGCGUGCCGUAUAUUCUUCGGCCCACUGGUCAAGACUCAUGGACGUUCGUGGGAGAAUGCUAUGUCGAUGGCAUGAUGUUUGGCGAAACACGAGAUCUUAAGGAAAAGCUGGAUACUCAAGACCAGGUGUUCCAUAUACGCUGAGCAGGAUCUGUGUCUUUGUCUCCGUUCGUCCCUUCGAUGGCUUACACCUUGCACACAAGGGGAAACGGUUGGCAUUGAGAGAUUCACGCACCGAACAAAGAAUGA